UCAGUCUCAGUCUCACACAUGACACAACCCAAGGACUAAUUCUGUUUUCUGAUUCAUGCCAAUUUGCAAUUUCCUGUGUUUUGAUUCAGAGAAAACCAAAAGAGAAAGAUACACAAGACAACAACAACCUUAACAAACAACAUAACUGUACAACUGAUGGCAUCGUUGGCGACCCAUUUGUCCGGUUUCUUUCUGUUCGUCCCCGUUGGCCUUCGCCGCUUACUCUCUUCCUCUUCCCUUUACCUUCACAACCCCUCUCACUUCCGCUCCAAGCUUUGGUACUUCUCCGACCCAAAAUGGAAGACCCUCGAUCUCUACGCUCUCCUCAUCGCACUCCCCAUCUUCUCUUUCUUCGAGUUUUUCCUCUUCUUCUCCUUUUCUGGGCCCCCCACUUACAAAUUCUCCUUCUUCCAACAAUCACUAGCGGUUUUGGCCUUCUGGGUCUUGGUCAUUUUGAUCCUAGUCCGUGAGCACGUGGGAGCAUCGCUGAUUGAUGAAAGUUUUGUUUUUUUGUUUGGUGGGGUUGUUUUCUUGGUGGAGUAUUCUGUGAUGGGUAAAGGGGUGUCAGGUCUUGCCGGUGCUGUGUAUGGCCUUUUGGGUGGGUUGACUCUGGUGUGUGCUGGUGCUUGCAUUUACUUGGCGUUUAAGCCGUCAGCUUUUUUUGCUGAGUUUUUGUUGUCCUCUGGGUUGGUGUUUAAGGGCACUUGGUUGUUGCAAGUGGGGUUUUCUUUGUACACUGAUGUUUUUGGACUGAAGGGGUGUGGAAAGAUCACUAUUUUGGGGCCCCAGAAGGAGAGUGUUGAUGUGCGGUGUGAUCUUGAUGAGGAUAGUUUGAGGGGUGUUGCUUUGAUGUGGUUUUUGUUCACUGUUCAUGCCAUUGGGGUGAUGGUUUUGGUUGUUGGGGCGUUUGGGAUGUUGGGGGGUAAUAGGAGCAUGAGGUAUGGGGAGGCAAGGGGGUCGUUGCUGGCUGAGAUCGAAUCCGCGAGCUCGCGGAUUCGGGGUCUUCCAGAGCUGGAGAUGGAGUGAAAUGUGAAUGGUUUUGGUAGAAACACAGAAAGGGAAGUGUGCAUUGUGAAGAAUUGGUUUUUUGUUUGCUAGGUUCAAAAAUUUGAUUUCCAAGGAAUUACCUGCCUGAUGAGAAAGAAAGGUUCUCUUGGAUGGUAUACUAGUUUGAUGGGUUUGUACAUCCCUUGAAGUGCAUCAUCAGAAUUCACGUUCCACAAUAUUUCUUUCAGCUGUGAACUCAGAAUUACUGAAUGUACUGUGGAAAUCUCCCUAAUGACGUUUUCAUAGUCUGGAACAUGGAGUUGGCAUCAUCAUUCAGGUUUAAAUUUCAAGUUAGAUUAUGUGAGUCUAUUUACUGAUGAGCUGCAUACAAUGUUUAUUUGUGUUUCUUUUUAUACAGAUAACUCACCAAGAAGUUUCUUUCUAGACUAUAUAUGAUUUUUUGGACAAUCUGAA